AUGCCGAUCGGAAACCAAGAAAUUAAUCGUUGUCCUCGAUGUAACCAAGCUGUUUUCCAUGCUGAAGCAAUUCCAGCCGCUGGAAAACAAUGGCAUAAGACUUGUUACAGAUGCGGUCUCUGUAAAAAAAUGCUCGAAGUUACGAUAAUGGCCGAACAUGAAGGAAAUGUCUAUUGCAAGCAAUGUUAUUCGCGCAAAUUCGGUAUUCGAGGUGUUGGUUUCGGUGUCGGAGCUGGUGCUCUUGGUAUGGAUACUGGUGAUCGUUUUGGUAACACGGAAUCUCUACCAAACAAACCAAAUUAUCCUGUACCACCUGGCGCUGCAGCUGCUGGAAAUACUAGAGGUGCUUCGCGUGCUGAAGCGGAACCAGAAGCUGAAGAAUAA